GUAUGAGGGCUCAUCUCUCCUCGGUAGACGAUCUCUGAUGACAGGAGUUGAACGAGACAACCCUGGACUUUUACUUUCCGGAUGUCUCAUCGUCUGCGGUGGAACCACGAAACAUUUUGUGUUGUAAACUACAUCUGAACUAUAACGUCGGAUCCGAGUGGAACCAUGUCGGAAUACGACAGCAACACGUUCACGGACGCGAAAGUCAACAACCCGUUUCAGGACUCGCAAGCGAGACAGACGGCGGCCGGCUUGGAAGAGUACAAUCCUUUCACGGACUCCAAAAAUACAACGAUGGCCGCCAAGCCCGCUGCGCCCGACGUCCCCACGCAGCCCGCCAUCAUGAAGCCCACAGAGGAGCCUCCGGUCUACACGCAGGAGGCGCCGGCAUCAGGGGCCGCUGGCGAGCUGCUGAGGAGGCAGGAGGAGCUGGAGAGGAAAGCUGCAGAACUGGACCGACGAGAGCGGGAGAUGCAGUCGCUCUCUGCCUCUGGAGGUAGGAAGAACAACUGGCCUCCUCUACCAGACAAGUUCCCAGUGGGUCCAUGUUUCUACCAGGACAUCACUGUGGACAUUCCUGUGGACUACCAGAAGACUGUGAAGAUCAUGUACUACCUGUGGAUGGUCCACACGGGGGUGCUGCUGGCCAACCUGGUGGGCUGCCUGGCUUGGUUCUGUGUGGACUCGUCACGCCUCGUGGACUUUGGCCAGUCCAUCCUGUGGUUCCUGCUCUUCACGCCGUGUUCCUUCGCGUGCUGGUUCCGACCCGUCUACGGAGCCUUCAAGAUUGACAGCUCCUUCCGCUUCUUCCUCUUCUUCUUCGUCUACACCUGCCAGGUUGGCGUUUACGUCCUACAGACCGUGGGCCCCACCGGCUGGGGAGCUUGCGGGUGGAUCUCCGCCCUGACCGGCCUCAACAAGAACGUGGCGGUGGGCAUCCUGAUGAUCCUCAUCGCCGCCCUUUUCACCUCGCUGCUGGUCAUGUCGCUCAUCAUGCUCAAAAAGGUCCACGCCGCGUACCGCACCACCGGCGCCAGCUUCCAGAAGGCCCAGCAGGAGUUCGCCACAGGAGUCAUGUCCAACAAGACGGUGCAGACGGCCGCCGCCAACGCCACCUCCAGGGCGGCCCAGGGAGCCUUCAAGGAGCCCAUCUGAGCUCCUCCGUGACCCUUGAACCCCGGUGAGGGAAUCAAACCGGCCACCGCUACGCCCACGUGGCAUUCAACUAACUACGCCGUGCACCUCUUUAAAGAGUCCCCCUCAUUUUACUCCUGUUUAUAAUUAACUUGAACGAGAACAUAACACUUAUUGUCAGCCGUGUAGCGCUGCCGCCCCCCGGUGGUGUGGUGGUGUAUUACACGAACUGAAUGCUGGCCGUUCCGUUUUGGCCUCAUCAUUAUUUAACUUUCAUAAAACUGGAAAAAAAACAACAUCCGAAACAUUUCACAAAAUUCUAAAAAAAUUUAAAAUGAUUUUAAUUUAUUUUAAAUAUUAAAAUGUAUUAUAUAAUAUAAUAUAUACUAAAAUAAAAAAUCAUUCCUAAUUAAUAAAAGUUGAGAAGCUUUUAAAGCGACUUUUCCCCACCUAAACAUUUUAUUAUAGAAAAACAUACAAAUGAAAUACAUACAAAUUAUAACUAAAAAUGUUUUUUUUAAAAAUGAUAUGAAUAUAUAUUAUAAAUAAUAUUAUUAUUGUGAGUUGUCUUCCAGCCUUUAUUUCCCUCUAUGAAAUAGCGCAAGCUUGCACUUUACACGUUCUCUCUGGCUACACAUUUACCUCGCCGCGACUCCUGAUAUAUAUUUAUAUCAUAUCAAUAUUUACUAUCCUAAUUAUGACUACUAUCACCCCGGAAGUGAGAGAAUGUUAAAAAGUGGGAUGAAACAAUGAAGAAUCGCUGUAAGGAGUCAAACACUGACAAUCACAAAUGUGAAGAAAUGUGGAAAAGAAAUAGAAAUAUUCUUUGACUGGAUUGUUUUGGUCAUGUGACUGAUUUGUUCGUACGGAAUUAUAUGUGACAUUGUAUAUUUAUUAUUUUAUCAAGAUGAAUAAAGUUCUUCUUAUCCGCUAUCUGCCAAUUUCCUGACACAAAAAUGGCAAUUUA